AUGUCGACAACAUCGAUAGCUAAUACAAACGAUGAAACUUUGCGUGAAAUAAUCGAAGCAACAGGCCGUUAUCGAUAUCAUAUUAAGUAUGAAGGUUUCAAAAUAAAUCAUAUGCUUCAUGUUCUUGUUGUUCAACAUCAAUUCGGAGCAUCGGAUAAUCGUCUACGAGAAAUCACUGAAACAUUAACUGAAUUUUUCGAUAAAGAAUUAGAUGAUCGUUUCAACGGAGAUAAAACAGCGUUGCUUGUUGAAUAUUUACCUCAAUUGAUCGAUGGUAUGAGUGGAAUCGCUACUCAUGGUAUCAUCCAUCUUGGCUAUGCUUUACGAUCUCCAUCGAAACAAUCAAUAGCUGAUGCACUAGCUCUUAUGGUCUAUUCGUACAAAACACUUGGACAUAUGAAUGCUAAUAAACAUCAAGUAAGUAAACGAUUAGCAGGAAGAUCAAUCGUAAUGUUAUUAGUUUUCUUUGAAAGAUGA